ACCCACGAGAGGAAAAUAACAACGCGAGAGCGCAUCUGUGCACCCGCGAGCGCGCAUUUGUACACCGCGAGCGCGCAGAACAGUAUUUAGGAGCGGAAAUGAAUACUGGCGCAAGCCCCUGCUGCCUAGCGCGCACAACUGCACAUGAGCGCUCGCGCGACUACUCAACACUCGCUCGCUCCUCGAGUUGACUUUUGACACUUUGAGGGCGGGGCAAUGACUUUUGUCUUCCCACCUGUGAUUGGUCAUUUGUUUAAUCAGUUUCACUCUUGUUUAAACAUGUAGCAGGACUAGGACAAGGCACGUUUUACGGAAUCAUUAUGUCGGACCCAGAGCAGCUAAGACACCACUUUUUGGAAAAUCUUUUACACAAGUUGCAACAGGCCUUCAGCACUACACCACUGGAUUUAGAUUAUCUGGAGUUUCUGUGUCGUCAGGAGCUGUAUAUUCUGGAGGCCCUGUCCAGUCACAUACAAGUACCCCCUGCUAUCACCCAGGCUUUGCUAGAGCUCUUUGACCUUAUACGGGCACAAGUGGAACAUCCUGCACCAUGUGUCAGAGUGGAAGUUGCUAUCACCACAGGACGACCCAAAAUUUUGGUUGAGGAACAACGCUUAAAAUACAUGCUACAGGCUCAACUUCCUGUGAGUUGCAUAGCCACAUUGAUGGGCGUUUCAAAAAGUACGAUUUUCAGACGCAUGAGAGACUAUGAGCUUUCUGUUCGUGACAUGUAUAGUUCCAUCAGUGAUGAAGAACUUGACAGUUUGGUUGCUUCUGUGAAGAACGCUUUACCAAAUUCAGGCUACAGGAUGGUCAGAGGAAGACUGGAGUCUAUGGGCUACCGAGUUCAGUGGAGAAGAAUUGCAGCCUCUAUGCAUAGGGUUGAUUCAAUGGGCAUUAUCUCAAGGUUAUCAAGUCUUGGCUGUGUUGUGCGCCGAGUGUACUCUGUUCCAGGGCCCUUGUCCCUGGUACAUGUGGACACAAAUCACAAGCUAAUUAGGUACAAUAUUGUGAUAUUUGGAGGAGUGGAUGGGUUCUCCAGAAAGAUAUUGUACUUGAAUGCAGCCACAAAUAACCGUGCUUCCACAGCAUUUUCAUUCUUUUUGGAGGCAACUCAUCGGCAUGGUUUACCCUCAAGGGUAAGAGCUGACCAGGGAGUGGAGAAUGUGGAUAUUGCUCGGUUUAUGUUCACUGUCCGUGGCAAUAAUCGGGGGAGCUUCAUCUCAGGAAAAAGUAUCCACAACCAAAGAAUAGAGCGGUUAUGGCGAGAUGUGUGGAUCUCGGUGUCAUCAAAAUACUACAAUCUUCUACACUCUCUUGAAGAAGAUGGCCUCCUGGACAUUUCAUGUACGGAUGACAUAUUCUGUGUACACUUUGCAUUUCUUCCAAGACUCAAACGAGACUUGGAGGUAUUUAUUGAAGGCUGGAACCACCAUCCUCUACGCACUGAGAGAAACCGGUCUCCAACACAGAUUUGGGAGAUUGCACGGAUGCUUAACACUGCUGUAGAUUCUGAUAACCCUGAGGCCAUACAAGAGCCUGACAUUGACUGGGAGACUGCUGCUGACUUUGAUCAUCUUGAAUCAGAAAGCGGUGUUGUCGUACCCGAAUAUGAGAGCCCUCUGACUGCAGAAAUGAUGAAUGAACUACAUGGUUUGGUUGAUCCACUGGAUCUGAACAUUAAUGAUGAACAGCUCUACAUAAUCUGCUAUGAACACAUAAAACGACUACGGACAUAAAGAUACAUUU